GCUCCCCAUCUCCAUCUCCACCUGCCAUUUCGAAUUCUCCAUCCAUCCCCGUCUCUCUCUCCACCCCGCAACGGCUCUCUCUCUCUCUCUCUCUCUCUCUACAAAGAAAGAUUCGCCAUUGAUUCCACCCCGACCUCCCCAUCUGCCGCGCUCUCUCCCCGAAGGUGCUCGCGAGGCGGCAGCUGGUGGUGAGCGCCGUAGAUCUGCUUUCCAUGGAGGUGGAGGCGGUGGCAUCGGCGGCGCCGGCGCUGCCCGGAGGGGACGGCGCCGUCAGGGUCGUCGCCAGGAUCUGCCCCCCUUCUUCUGCCGCCACCACGACGGCGCCAGCUCCUGCCGCCGGGACCUCGCUCUUCCAGGUCGCCGCCUCGCGCGGCCGCCGCCCCCGCGCCUCCGGGCCCGGCGCCGGCGCCGUCCUCUCCUUCACCCCCGCCGCCGCACCCGCACCCGCACCCGCAGCUCCAACCCCGUCAUCUUCGUCGCAAGGGAGGCCCGCCGCCGGGCAGCGCAAGGAGGAGCACAGGCUCGACUGGUGCUACCUGCAGGACGAGACCAACCACCAAGUCUUCCUCCACGAGCUGCAGCCCAUACUCGCCAACCACCUGCAGACCCAGACCGCCACCACCGGCAACGCAUGCGUCGUGGCCUGCGGCGCCGCCGCCGCCAAAGACCACCUCUUCAAGGGGUCGCAGGAGCAGCCGGGCCUGGUCACCAUCGCCAUGGAGGAGAUCCUCGGGUUCGCGGCGUCCAUCGGCGCCGCCGUCAGGGUGUCGUCGUACCAGGUGGUGCAGGACACCCACGUCUUGGAUCUGCUGGAGCCCAAGGAGCAGGAGGUCCUGGUGCUGGAGGAUGCCCAGGGCAAGACCCAUCUCAAGGGCCUCUCCAAGGUUCAUGUCAAGUCCAUCGAGGAUUUCGCGCGGCUGGGCUGUUUCGAUGAGAACCAGGACAAGCAGCUGCCCACCAAAGCUUCCUCUACCCAGCAGCAACCCACUAAACCCUUUUCUACCCAGCCGCAGCCUGCUAAAGCUUCCUCCACCCAGCUACAGACCAGAGGGCACCAAGGCCUCAUCAUUCACAUAUCUAGCUCCGACCAGGACGGCAAAGAGCGUGCUGUGGCCAAGAUCAACUUUCUCAGCCUCACAGACUAUGUGGACCCCAAGCAGAAGACCGGCGGUGCAGCGGCCGCUCUGUCGAGCGGCAACAAGUCCAUGUACACCUUGAUGAAUGUCGUGCAAGCACUCAACAGCAACCAGAGCUUCGUGCCCUACAGGCAGAGCAAAGUUACUCGCAUUCUGCAGGACUCUUUGUGCAAGACGAGCGGGGCUGUGGUGAUCGCCUGCUUGGAAGAAGUUUCCUGCCAAGAUGCGGUUUCUACUCUCAGCCUGGCCGCUCGCUCGAGUCAAGUGGCCACUCAAGUGGCUAACGAACAAUGCCGCAGAUCCGCGAGUGUUACAAGUUUCAAAAGGGCAGAUGUCAACUUGUCUGCGGUUGCUAAAAGCUCCUCAAGGCCGAUUCUUUCUUCUACACACCAACCGAAUCCCGUGGUAGAGAAGCAGGAUCGGCCCCAGUGGAAUAUGAGCGCAGUAAAAGCAGCUCGAACUCCCAUUGCCAAUAAGAGGUCUCAACCAACCAUGCAUCCAGCAAAAAAAUCGGAAAACUCGCUCCCAACUCCUAUCAAAAUUACCCAAAAGGCUGCUACACCCACAAUGAGUGGAAGGCCUCAACCGAUCAUGCAUUCAGCAAAAAACCUUGAAAGCUCGCUAUCUACUCCUAUCAAAAUGCCUCCAAAGGAUGCUAAACCUACUACAACGAGUGGAAGGUCUCAACCUGAAAGCGCGGUCUCUCCUCCAACCAAGAUGAAGCAAAAGGAUGCCAAACCCGCAAUGAGUGGAAGGUCUCAAGUAAUGAUGCGCUCAGCAAAGAAAACUGAAAGCUCGCUUUCUGCUUCUAUCAAAACGAAGCAAAGGGAUGCUAAACCUACUACAACGAGUGGAAGUGCCUUGUUAUGCCCAAGCACCAAUUCAGCAAAGGAAGAAGCAGCAGUCAUUGCGCCAGCAACAGUAGCAGAAGUCGAGGAGAUACAAUCGUCACAAGGCAUGGAAAUCGAUGCUCCAUCAGUAGAUGAGGGAUUUGACAAAACAAGCGAUGCUUUAGAUACUGUGCCGUCUGAAGUACAGAAGGUGGUCUCAAGUGGUAUGGCAAUCGACGCCCCAUCUACAGAUGAGGGAUUUGAUAAAACAAGCGAUGCUCUGGAUACUGUAUCAUCUGAAAUACAGAAGGUGGUCUCAAGUGGUAUGGAGGAAGAGGACCAUUCAUCAUCAAGUCUGGAUGCAGCGAGUUCGUGUACCAUUGACUCGGGCGAAACCUGCUCUUCAAACCUUCCUGGUGCCUUUGUCGAGAAGACUCCAGUCAAAACUCAUAUGAACACUCCAAAGAUCAGCGACAAGCUGAGAGAGAUAUCAAACUCACUGAAGCUUCUUAAUGCUCGUCCAUUGAGCGUAAUGGCACAAAAGGUAGCCAUGGAGAAGACACAAGAAGAGGGCAUGGAGAAGACACAAAAGGUGGCCAUGGAGAAGACACAAGAAGUGGUGGCCAUGGAAACGACACAAGAAGAGGGCAUGGAGACGACACAAGAAGUUGCUGCUGUUGAAACGACACAAGAAGAGGGCAUGGAGACGACACAAGAAGUGGGCAUGGAGACGACACAAGAAGUGGGCAUGGAGACGACACAAGAAGUUGCCACUGGAGCGACACAAGAAGUUGCUGUUGAAACAGCACAAGAAGUUGCUGUUGAAAUGACACGAGAAGUUGCCACUGGAACGACACAAGAAGUGGCCGUUGAAACAACACAAGAAGUGGCCGUUGAAACAACACAAGAAGUGGCUGCUGAGACGGCACAAGAAGUGGCUGCUGAGACGGCACAAGAAGUGGCUGUUCAAACAACACAGGAAGUUGCCACUGAAACGGCACAAGAAGUGGCUGCUGAGACGACACAAGAAGUGGCUGUUCAAACAACACAAGAAGUGGCUGUUGAGACGGCACAAGAAGUGGCUGUUGAGAUGACACAAGAAGUUGCCACUGAAACAACACAGGAAGUGGCUGUUAAAACAACACAAGAAGUGGGCAUCGAAUCUGUCCAGGGUGGGACCAGCAUAGAUGCACCUGAACCAAAGACUCCUGCGAUGCACCUCAAGGUUGAGCAAGCAGCAGAUCCAAAGACUCCUGCGAUACACCUCAAGUUUGAGCAAGCAGCAGAUUAUCCGACUAGUUCUUUCAAGACUCGUAGCACCGGGAUAAAGAAAUCCAUAGUCCAGGAGUGCUUGAGUUUUCUCAACAGCGCUAACAAGGAGCAAUUGAAGAGCUUGAAGGGCAUCGGAGAGAAGAGAGCGAAUUACAUCAUCGAGCUUCGUGAGAAUUCACCGGAGCUGUUUAAAGGGAUAGAUGAUCUGAGGGAUGUUAUUGGAAUGAAUAAGACGGAGAUAAAAAAGAUGAUGGCGGGGAUCAUCAACAGCCCCUAAUCCCCUUGCUGAUGAUCAAUGGAGUGGAGCUAAUUUCUUUGUGCACAGUGAGGGAUUUAUUGAGAGUAGUAGUGCAACGGUUGGUUGUUGGUUGUUGAGAAAGACAGACAAAAGACAAGACAAGACAAGAGUAGUAGUGCAUUGUAACUUGUGUGUUUUUGGUGGUUUGGUCUCUGAAUCAUCUGCAUCUGCAUUUUGCGGAGAGGUUCAUGAAUGAAUGAAUGAAUGCAGUAAGUAGGCAACACAAGAGACAAGGCUACUAGUAUAUUUCUUGCGAGUGUUGGUGGCAAGUACUUACAUUUCAAUUUCA